ACCUCGGCUCGUUAAACCACAUGGAUGGGUCACAGUCGCCGCUCUGUCGCAGUCUUAGUGUUUCCAGAUCUGUUCCGUUAGUCGGGACAGCUGCUGAACCAGAAGUGCAGGUUGCUCUGUGCGUGUGUACAUUUUGAGAAGAUGUCCCGUCCUCUGCACCACGACAGAGACUGAACCAGGCUGAACAAAAACUCACUGACUGAGUAUCGAUGGCUUCUUCUCCAACAACAGUCCCUCUCUGCUGCCUUAGCAAUGAACUGUGGAGUUUUUCCAGCACAGACUAAAGGAUGGCAAGGUUCAGGCGCAAAUCUUGCAUCGCAUUAUUAACUUUGAUUCUGCUCGCCCUGGUCAUAACGCUGGUCUUGAAAGCUCUCUCCCCAGAGGACUCUCCAUUCAGCGGCCCCGUGUUUCCAGACAGAAAGAAUGACGAUCAGAUCCCGAGAGAAAACGACAAUAAACCCCAUCAGUUUAAAAUGAGCAACGCUGCUAAGUCGGACAAAGAUGAAGAACUUGAGGCGACGUUGAGGAGGUUUCCUCCUCCAAACUACUAUGUCCAUACCUUCUACUACACGUGGUUUGGGAACCCCAAGUUCGAUGGCAAAUACAUCCACUGGGACCAUCCGCAGCUGCCACACUGGGACUUUAAGGUGGCUCAUGGGUAUCCACAAGGGAGACACAGCCCACCUGAUGACAUCGGGUCCAACUUCUACCCCUCUCUGGGAGCUUACAGUUCCAAGGACCCCUCCAUUAUAGAGGAUCACAUGCAGCAGCUACGUACUGCAGCUAUUGGGGUCAUUUCUGUUUCCUGGUAUCCUCCUGGUUUGAAGGAUGACAAUGGUGAACCAACAGAUGACUUUGUGCCUUUGCUGCUGGAAGUGGCUCAUAAAUACCAUAUUAAGGUAGCUUUUCACAUUGAGCCGUACAAAGACAGAGAUGAAGUCAAUAUGUUCUCUAAUGUCAAAUACAUCAUAGACCGAUACGGAGAGCACCCGGCGUUCUUCAAGUACCGUACAAACACUGGCAAGCUGCUCCCACUCUUCUAUGUGUACGACUCGUAUCUGAUGAACUCUGAGCAGUGGGCGAAGCUGCUGAAACACACAGAGACUAACAGCAUCAGGGACACCCCAUAUGACGCCAUCUUCAUCGCCCUUCUUGUCGAGGAGAAACACAAGAGGGAUAUCGUGACGGCAGGAUUUGAUGGUGUCUACACUUACUUCGCCACUAAUGGCUUCUCUUAUGGAUCCACUCAGCGGAACUGGGACUCUGUCAAAGCAUUCUGCAUAGACAACAACCUGAUUUUCAUCCCGAGUGUGGGCCCGGGGUAUAUUGACACAAGCAUUCGACCCUGGAACCUCCAGAACACUCGAAACCGCAUAAACGGCAAAUACUACGAGACCUCGCUGAGCGCUGCGUUAGAGGCCAGGCCCGAUUUCAUAUCUAUAACGUCUUUUAACGAGUGGCACGAGGGGACGCAGAUUGAAAUGGCCAUUCCCAAGACAAGCCAGACGGUGUACCUGGACUACCUGCCCAACAAACCUGCGAUCUACCUGGAGAUAACUCGCAAAUGGGCUGCCAUAUUCGGUGGUGAGCGACGAAGGUGGCAGGAAUGAUUUGACCAUAGAAUUCAUGGUAGAAAGUAUUGACAUAAACACUUAGUGGAGCUCUCAUUACAGAAUGGAUGAAAUGAAAUUGAUGAAUAAUUGUAUGAUGAACCACAUCACUUUCUUAAUUUUUUACAUAAUGGUGAAUUACUGUUAAUUUAACUGAUGUCUUAGUAUUACUUGUUGAAACCGCCUUGGCACUGUUUGGGAUAAAUAACGUUAUCAGCAUGUGUUUUGUCACCGUCUCCGAUGUAUCCACCUGAAACUGCAGCAUGAUUCCUGUAAACUGACUAUAUCACACCUGAAUAGAAACAAAUAAAGUGCAGCUCUGAAAGGAUGGAAA